AUGAGGACGCAGGUGCUGUAUGGCACCUUUGCCGUGGCCUGCUUGCUAGUCUAUUACAAGCUCGAGGCACCUGCCAACGCUGCUUAUGACUACUGGCUCACGCUCGCUGCAGGUUUACAAGUGCUAGGAUUCACGAUGCUUGCUCUCGACACCAGCAGUAGCGCAGCGGAGGGCCUCAGUGAGAAGACGCUCUGGGCGUUUAUCAUUGCCCACGUUACACGUAUAUCCACGACUGUGUGGGGCGAGGGCUACAUCCCAGAGGACAAUACAGGGGACGUCUUCUUGUACCAGGGUUUGGAGCUACUCGGCGUGCUUGUCGUCGUCUUCCAGGUGAUGCGCCUGUCAGCCGUCCGCAACUCGCAGGAUGUUGGCCAAGGCAUUGAGCGAUGGAGCCAGCUUAUUGGCAUGAGCGUGCUAUCAGCCGUAUUAGCGUAUUUUACGAAGAGCACUGGCCAUGACGACUACUGGGCAGAUUUGAGCUGGAUGUUCUCGACGUGGAUGGAGGCGUUCGCACUUGGUCCUCAGGUCUACUUGCUCAUCACCGGUGCUUGUGCUGUGGACGAGAGCGCCGCGCACUUUGCAGGCCUCACGCUCGGUUCCUCAGUAGUCUUCACAGCCUUUUGGGGCAGAGUGACGCGUGAUCGAUACAGAGAGUUUGACCAGGAUGGUGAUCAUACGUUUUUCCACGCCAUUCUCACGGCCUGUUUCAUCCGGGUCGCCCUGUGCACAACCUAUGUUUACCUCUUUACCAAGCAGACCAAGAAGAGACCAGAGUAUGAGCUCUGUGCACACGACGAGCUGUAA